UAUCACAUUCAUUUAAACCCGAGAACUACUUGAGAAGAAGCAUUUACACCGGAGCUAAGAGAAUAUGGAUGUCUAGUAUUGUGCAAUAUAUAUUGAAAUGAAUGCCACUUCUUGGUCAGCAAUUGUGGUUACCUGCCAGUCGAUAAAUCACUCUCAUGCCGUCCAAAGUGAGCUUGAUCUUUAUCUGGCCAAAGGAAGAAUACCAAAAGAUGUUUUAGUUCUUGCAAUUGAUGACCCCAAACCACGAAUUGGUAGCGGCAGUGCCACGCUGAAUGCAUUGCUUGUUGUUACAGAGCAUUUAAGUGCCAGAGCUGGUUACACAGUUGUAGAAGCACAAGUCUUAAAAAAUGCAAGAAUUCUUAUACUACACAUGGGCAGGUAUUUCCCUUUUUCAUCAGUUGGACGAGCAUUCACAGCGCUACCUUGCAUGCGUUUUGAUCCAAGUUACUCUGCUGUACCAGAGGAUUUUGCCUCAAACUUUGAGAGCCUUUUAGUCACCUUAAGCUCAAUUCUUGCGGUCGACUCCCCGCCUGGUGUUUGGGUCUGCAGUACCGACAUGAUGUUGGGCAUACCUCCAGAGAUUGUCAUUGACUGGUCGGAUGCGAAAGGUGUGCGUAUUUUUUCAAUACCAUCAGAAGUUGAUUAUGCACGUGACCACGGUGUGAUCCAAAUGGGAGAAAAUAAUGAUGUUGAAAAUAUAUUUUACUUGGCGUCAGAUGAAGAAAUGAAAAAAUGUAAACUCAGCACUGGCUGUGUACCAAUUGCGCCAGUCUUGGUGUACGUUAGUACGGAAACAGCUAUGAAGUUCUUGCUUAUCAUAAAUAUUUCACCGUUGGACAGCUGUACCUAUCUUGGCUUGGACCAGGGCGGACAGCCAUGUCAGCUUGCAUUCGUAUGGGAUAUUUUACUACUCAUGGCAAAGAAUGUGAGCGAAUCAGAUUUCGUCAGCGGCGAUCGGAGCAUGUCGUAUGGUCGGAAGACUCUCGCGGAUGGCUCGAUUGCGGAAACGCGCCGGAACAUGAGCACUAAAGAUACGUCUCAAGAGUCCAGAUUCUUCAUGAAACAAGCAAGGAAAAUUUUAUGGCGGGAACUUCGCGGGACCCCACUUAAGACAGUAUUGCUUGAUGGAGCUUGUUUUGACUAUAUGUCGGCAUUCGGAGCUAACCACAGACGACAGAUUUUGGACUGUCCUUUACAGCAUGUUGAUAUGAACAACAACUUGCCGUUUCAAUACAACAGGACGGUCCAUAGCUACUUUGAGACAAAUUGCAAACCAGACGAGAACUGUGUUAUCAUAAACAGUUUAUUGGCGGACCAGGUUGAAAUAAAAAAAGAUUGCGUUUUAUCGCAUUGUCGUAUCGACGGGCCUAUAACUGUUCAUGAAGGAUGCAUUUUGGCAGCUAUUUCAUCCGAUGUGAUCACAGAGUCUUCAGUACAGUACGAAAUACCAGAAGAUACAGUUCUACAAACAUUCCAGCUCUCCAUGGCCAAAAUAAUCCCACAAAACUUGCAGAAAUCACAUGCCAUUCGCAUCAUGGUCGUGUUUGGUGUCCACGACUUCUUAAAAGUUCCCGUAUCGGAUUCUCGUAGCACUUACUGCAAUAAAUCCUGGAACGAAUUUUUCGCCAGAACCGGAAUCCGAGCUAAUGAGCUGUGGGGACCGGAUCUAUCUGAGCAUGAACAGUCGUUCUUUAACGCCAAGUUAUUUCCCUUAUUUUACCCUGGAACUAAUAUUGGUUUACGUGAUAUGUUGUGGCUGAGAGGAGCGCCAUGUGCCCAUUCGACUGAUGCUGUGAAGAAUUGGCGUUCAUCUUGGCGACUGUCUCUCAAAGAAAUUCUUGAUGCGAUCGACAUUUCAGCCGAAUUUGAAUGGCAACGGCGUUUGUAUUACGAAGUCGGGCGAAGGAGGAUGAAAGAGACGCUGGAGGGAGCCAAAAACAAUUGUCUUCUGCCAUUUUUCAAGAAUUCUGUCGUGGAAAACUAUGGUCUAGAACUUCUAAAGGAAUUAGACAAUGUUGCCUGCAAUUCUGGUUCAGCGGACUGUGUUGCGAGAACGCUCUCGUGUAUUGCUGACGUGCUAAGUGAAAUGGCCGGCGAUAAAUCGCGGAGUGGCCCUGCCGCAAACGAAAGUUGGAUGUAUGCGUACCGUUUACUGGAGAAAAGGGAUAUAAAUGCUGGUAUAACGGAACUGGCCAAUCAGAGGGACAAAUGGUUAGGAAGAUCUGACCUGCUCAUUCGUGCAGCCCGCCACUAUGAAGGAGCUAUGCAAAUAUUGAUACGACACGCUGUAAUGACAGCAAGACAGUUUGUCCAAUUUUCGCCAAAAUCCCAGCCGCCCAUUGGUCAGUGGUUCAUCGCUGAAACCCCAGCACGCAUCGACCUCUCAGGAGCCUGGAGCGACACCCCACCUGUGACGUAUGAACACGGGGGAGCGGUGACUAACAUCGCUAUUAAAAUCAGAGGAAAGAAACCUAUCGGUGCCAAAGUUAGAAAAAUCCACGAGUUACAACUACUGCUAGUGAUUGGCAAUGGUAAAGACGCAAUCAGGCUAACAGUUAACAAAAUAUCGGAUCUUCAAAAUUAUUCAAAACCUAAUGCUCCAGGUGCUCUACUUAAGGCGGCUGUGUGCUGUGCAAACAUCAUCGAUCUUACCUCGUCCAAGACUUUACAACAGCAACUUAAAGAAAAAUAUGGCGCUGGAUUUGAAGUCCAGUCUUGGUCAAACCUUCCACAAGGAUCGGGUCUUGGUGCAAGUAGUAUCCUCUCUGGUGCCUUGAUGGCUGCAUUGCUAAGCGCCGCUGGAAUCAACUAUGAUACGGACUCCCUAAUUCACGCGGUCUUACAUCUAGAGCAAAUGCUAACGACGGGGGGUGGGUGGCAGGAUCAGGUCGGGGGGUUGUUGCCCGGAAUCAAGCUCGGACAGUCUGAAGGAAAACUCCCGUUGAAAGUGGAGUCAGAAGUGUUGAAAAUCGAUGAUCAGAAAAUGAAACGUAUUGUGGAUCAUUCCUUGCUCGUUUUCACUGGAAAACCAAGGCUGGCGAAGAAUAUGCUGCAGGGUGUUAUCAGAAAUUGGUACACGCGCAAACCUGAAGUGAUAAAGACUGCUGACUGGAUUGAAAGCAAUGCCAGGGAUUGCGCUCAGGCUUGUGUCGAAGGUGACGUCAAGAAAAUUGGAAAAUGUCUAAGUAACUCUUGGGAACAGAAAAAAAUCAUCGCUCCCGGCUGUGAACCUCCCCAAGUAAAAGAGCUGAUCGACGUUUUGAAGCCUCAUAUACACGGAUUCUUGCUGACGGGUGCUGGGGGCGGUGGAUUUCUAUACGCCAUCACUAAGGAAGCGAAAUUUAGCGAAAAGGUUCCGGAACUUAUAAAAGGACUGGGGGGUCAAAGAAGUGAAGAACAUUACAAACUAGAGUUAGACGAGGAAGGAUUAACAGUUCGGACCGAAUAAUACAUCUGGAGUGAUUGAAACUUAUUAGGAAUUUGCGUGUAUUGAUUUUAGAAUUAUAUGUUUUUAUCCGUUAUCCACCCAUACAUACUUGGAUUGGGCCAAGAAGGGAUAUUUAUGAAUCAAAUUCAUCAUACACAAUAAGAGUCUAGUUAGGGAAACUAGAGAUUUACUGUAUUCAGGAAGAUAACAUUAGAUACAUACGUAUAGUGUAUCAUUAUCUAAAACCUUCUCAGUAAUUCCUAAAACUCAUAGAAAUGAUGAGAUACGUGUUCUUCUCAUUGUUCUUGACAACACGUGCGUCUUCAACCUUAGAGUUGCUUUCUACUGUCGCGUUUCUCAUACGCACAUAAACCUUAUACCAUAGGCGGCCCAAAAUUGCGCGAUAUUUUUUCGCGCGAGAAAUUUUUCAGGUAUUUGUCAAUAUAAUGUAGUAAUAAUUAUUAUACCUUAUUACAUCAUAUUGACAAAUUACCGAAAAAUUUCUCGCGCAAUUUUGGGCCGCCUAUAAGCGCUUAUACAUGUCAUAUUUGAAAAAG